AAUGGCCCAAUAGAAUUAGACGAGCUGCGCUGCGCGGGCCAGGCUGGGUGGGUGGGUUAUCGUCUUCCUUCCUUCCUUCGCCGCCUUGGAUUCUGCUCGGUGGCUAUGGCUUUUCGUCGAUCCAACUGAAUUUGGAACUGAAAUUGAAAUUGACCGUCCUCAUCAUUUGCAGUUCGAAGCUUCCCCACUGAAUUAUUAUUACCAUAUAACAUCAGAAAUCUCUAUGUUCACCUGAAUAUGCUCUCCACUUCCGUCAGUCCACGCCACUAUUGCUGCAACUACCCCCUCCCUACUCAUCCCUUCUCCCAUGAUCUCCAUCUCCAUCCUCCCUGCAAUGUUACCUUCAAUUUGAAUCCCCGCAAGUUCCCCGGCGCAAAUCAAAGCAUCCUCAAGCUCACGGCGACUCUCAGUUGCAGCAAAGAGCGUGAACAGGAUCAGAGCCAUCGGAAUACUGAAGACGACACCUAUUCAUAUAGACAAAGCGACGGCGAAUUUCUCCAUGAUUUUCGCUCUUCUGCUGACGUUCCGGAAGGAGCAACUGUGGGGGAACAAUCUGCUGUGGCGGACAGCCGUUCGGGCAUUUUGUGGAACAUGUGGUGGGUUAAUCUUAAAGCGGCUCUGGGUCAGAGAAUUAACCUAGAAGGCAUUGCUUGCUUCGUCGGGGUUUUGUCCAAAAACAAGCAAUUGGUAAUCCCGCAUGUUUCCGUGCCCGACAUUCGGUACAUUGAUUGGGCUGAGAUGAAGAACAAAGGUUUCGAAGGCGUUGUGUUUGACAAGGACAACACCAUCACUGUUCCUUAUACUUUAAGCUUGUGGCCGCCACUUCGCUCAUCUUUAGAACUGUGUAAAUCUUUAUUUGGCAGUAAUAUUGCGGUGUUCAGUAACUCUGCGGGUUUACGUGAGUAUGAUCAUGAUGGAAGAAAAGCUGCAGCCCUUGAGGAUGCAAUUGGAAUCAAAGUGAUACGGCACAGAGUGAAGAAACCAGCUGGAACAGCCGAAGAAAUAGAAAGCCAUUUUGGUUGCGACUCGUCAAGACUAAUUAUGGUGGGCGAUCGACCCUUCACGGAUGUUGUGUAUGGAAACAGAAAUGGAUUUUUCACAAUAUUGACUGAGCCUUUGAGCCUUGCCGAGGAACCAUUCAUUGUGAGACAGGUGCGGAAGCUGGAAGGAGGCUUUCUUAAAAUAUUAUCUAAAAGAGGGGUGAUGCCAAUCAGUCACAGGCUUGUUACAGAUCCUAUGAAGUGUAUUAAGAAAGUAGCACUGUAAUCAAUGUUUUUGACAGAAAAUAUUAUUGCUAUUUAUUUAUUUAUUUUAUUAGCUAUUCACUUUUCGAUUACUGAAAGAAAACCUUUUGGACAGCUUAAGUCCUAGUUUGUUGAUCUCAAUAGCUUUCUAAUCACCGAUCAUUUUCAUCUAUUAUUGAUAGUGCUAAUAAGUUGAUGAUUAGUGAAGGAACUCAAUAUAUGAGUGACCCACACAGCAUUUGCAAGUGAGGUCAACGGUCUGGAGAAGUGCUGCACCGGUGGCGAUUCUAACUACAGACCACAUUGCGGGGAAGAGGGCCGCAUCGACAUGUCGGCUUGCUGCUAGGUGGCCCCAGCUGGAGGGUAAAUGUAUGAUGUUGAUAAUGGGCAAGUUUGUCACUGUUACUUGAACAGCACCAUGCUUGCCUCUAACCAUCAACUCUUUUGGUCAAAAGGUAUGCACACACCCCGUAAGGGAUGAUCAAGUAGCGUGGAAAUGAACUCAUGACCGUAAGUUAUGAGAUCAAAUUUACGAUUGCUUCUAAGUCCUAUGUGUUGUGUUACAUAUGGUUUAUUUAGUGUGACUUAUCUUACUGGCUUACUUUGCAUGCUAUUAGGUUCAGUCGGAAUUUAUUCAAAACACUCAAGAGUCCAUGUUAUUAAAAAUAAAAAUAAAAAUGCACACUUUAUAGCA